AUGCUCGGGGACCUGGAGGCGUUUGGACACGCUGCCUCAGUUGCUGCUGCAGCUCGCGGCAAGGGGGUCGAUGCACUCCUGAACGCCAGCCCCCUUUCGCCGUUCAGCCGUGCAGAGAGCUCUGAGAUGGAGCUUAGCAUUUUGGAAAAGGUCAACGGCCUCCAGCAGCAGCUAGCCCUGGUCAACGCCAGCCCCCUGCUCGGCCUACCAGAGGCGGCUGAGCUUCUCGCCGACAACCUAGAUGUCGACUUGGUCGCGAUUUACGUGACCCCCAAGGACGACCCCUCAGCCUCCGUCCUGCUGGCUGCCCACGGCCGCGGCGCAUGCACCCUGCAGCGCUGCCCAGUCGUGCGCGCGCCGCAGGCCGCCGGCGAGUGCCGCCGCAUCGGCGCGGCGUGCAGCCUACACGUGCAGGACGCUGCUCGGCCAGGGGCAGCUGUGGAGCCCGCUGAGCUGUGCCAGGGCGCACACGCACUCCGCAGCUUUGUCCAGGUGCCCAUCGGCACCGCGGGCUCGCCGCUCGGCGCGCUGCUGCUGGCCAAGUCGACGCCCUCUGCGUUCGAGGGCCCGUGGUGGCAGGUCGGGCUGCAGCUGGCGGCCGCGUCGCUGCUGCCGCAUGUGCGGCAGGGGCAGGUGGAGCGCAUGGCGCGGCUGCUGCAGCGGAUGGACUCCAUGGAGGACCCUUUCCAGCUCAUCGCGGUGCUCCUCAAGAGCGCUAGCGACUUCCUGCUCAAGGCCUGCACCCUCCGCGCCACCGCCCGCCUGGCCCUGCUGCCGCCCCGCGCCGGCGCUGAGGCCCUCCUCCUCGAGUCCCCCGCCCCGGACGCCUCCGCGUCGUCCGAGUGCGCCGAGCGCUCGACCGUCGAGGGCGCCGCAGACGAGGAGGUGGUCGUGAGCCUGAUGAAGGUCUCCAACACGCUGCUCGGCGCCGCUGUCACGCAGAAGCAGGCGCGCUUCGUGGCCGACGUGGGCGCCUACAUGCAGACGAGCGCGCGGCCCGCGCGCGACAUCUUCACGCGCGCGAGCCGGCUGGUGUCCUCGGUGGUGGUCGUGCCGCUGGUUGUGGGCGACGAGGCGCCGCUGGGCGGCCUCUACUUCGCCCUCGACACCCCCUGCGAGUUUGUCAACAUCUCAGACACACUGCUGGGCUUCAUCCACGGCGUGACCCCACUGCUGUACAAGAAGCUGGCCAGCCGCGUCGACGACAUGACGUCGCUCGUCCAGCCCGCCCACCGCAGCAGCGGCGCGACCUCGGGCAUCAGCACCUCCAGCAGCACCGCCCAGGGCGAGGACGCAGUUAACCUCGGGCUCGGCCUCGGCCUGGGCGGCGAGGGCUCGGGGGCGCUGUCGUGCUCAUCCGGCUGCGACGGCGCGCAGCAGGGCGCAGCCGGGGGCUUGUCCAGCGCCAUGCCGUCGGGGCGGCUGCCCACCAUCAGCAGCAGCCAGCGGCUCAACACAGAGGCCAUGCUUGCGCUGCUGCAGCAGGACCUCCGCCAAAAGUCAAUCCGCUGCCGCCACGGCAGCGCCGCCAGCGGCCGCGCCGCGGAGGUCUCUGUGGGCGAGUGCAUCGGCCAGGGCGGCUGCGGCGCCGUGUUCCGCGGCACGUGGCAGCGCGUGCCGGUGGCUGUCAAGGUGACGCCCUCGCGCCACAACGAGGCCCAGGCGAUGCAGGACGCGGUGGAGAUGGCGGUGCUGUCCAGUGUGCAGCACCCCAACAUCGUCACGGUCUACUCCUGCCUCACAGACAUGGUCGAGACCGCAGACGGCAACGGCAGCCGCAGCGUCGGCGCAAGCGGCGACCUGAGGACUCACUACCGGCGCUUGACCGCUGAUGAGGACUCCGAGGGGGAGACGGCCACCUUCAGCCUCAUCGUCAUGGAGCCCUGCGACAAGGGAACCCUGCGCAGCGCCAUCAAGCAGGGCAUGCUGCACCAGGCGCUGCCCAACGGUGCUGUCGGCGUGCGGCUCGCGCCCGCGGUCGAGCUGCUGCUGGACGUGGCUUACGCGCUGCAGUACCUCCACUCGAUGCAGCUGGUGCAUGGCGAUGUCAAGAUCGAGAACGUUCUGCUGAAGACGGACCGCGCUCGCCCCAUGGGCGUCACCCCCAAGCUUUCGGACUUUGGGCUGACGCGCAUUCUCAACGACACGCAGCAGGCGGCCGUCGGCGGCGCCGCGGGGCGGCCGGCGGCUCAUGUCGCACCAGAGAUGUUCGAGGCCGGCGGCUCCAUCACCACCGCGAUCGACGCCUACGCGUUUGGCAUCCUCAUGUGGGAGGUAUACACCAGCAAGGUCGCGUUUGGCAGCGUCGCGCCGGAGGACCUGGCGCGCCGCGUGCGCGACGAGGGCCUGCGCCCGCGCUUCCCCAGCUCGUGCCCGGCAGCGUUCUCGCGGCUCGCGCAGGCGUGCUGGUCGGCGGACGCGUCGGCGCGGCCGCAGUUUGCGCAGAUCGCGGCGGGGCUCGAGCAAAUCGCAGAGCAGCUGGCGGCCGGCGGCGUUUAA